AUGAGCCAGUUCAGCUUCGGCUCGGGCGCCGCGGGCGGCGGCGGCAGCUUCACGUUCGGCACGCCCAAGACGGCGGCCGCCACCACGGCCAGCGCCGCCUUCUCCUUCUCCACGCCCGCCACCUCCGGGGGCUUCAGCUUCGGGACGCCCGCGGCCGCCAGCAGCCAGCCCACCGCGCUGUUCUCGCUCGGCGCGCCCGCCACGGCCGCCCCCGCCGCCACGGCCGCCCCCGCCGCCUUCAGCUUCGGCGCGCAGCCCGCCGCCACGGCCGCCCCCGCCGCCUUCUCGCUCGGGGGCAGCGCGCCCAAGCUGAGCUUGGGGGGCAGCACCACAACGGUGGUCAGCGGCGUCUCGGGAGGCUUCGGGUUCGUCACUGCCAUGGCCAGCUUGCCCUCGACUCAGGCAACGACCCCGUCCGGCUUCGUGUUCGAAACGUUCUUGAGAGUUUUACACAUAACAAAUGACUUGUUCUUCUUCGUUGAACUUCUGCUCCUUGCUCCAGGUCUAAACUUUGGGUCGUUGACUUCAACAGCAGCUACGAGUGCACCCAYGGGAACGCUGACCACGAGCACGAGCCAGGCACCCACGCUGUCGUUUGGAGCCAAACUUGGAGCAACAUCCACAGCUUCUACGACUGCAACUACCACCACAACUUCCCUUCUUGGCUCAACUGGGCCUACACUGUUUGCAUCUAUAGCAAGUUCCUCAGCAGCAGCCUCAUCCACCACCACCAGCCUCUCGCUUGGUGCCCCUUCCACUGGUACAGGCACUCUUGGAACUCUUGGAUUUGGGUUGAAAGUUCCUGGAACGACAGCAGCAGCAACAAGCACCGUGACUAGCUCUUCUGCUCCUAGUGUAAGUUUUGCUUUGAAUCUCAAGCCAUUAACUACCACUGGUACCAUUGGAGCUGUGACUUCUACAGCUACUAUAAGCACAGCAACAACCAGCGCACCUCCAGUGAUGACUUAUGCCCAGCUGGAGAGCUUGAUCAACAAGUGGAGCCUGGAGCUGGAAGAUCAGGAGAAGCACUUCCUUCAUCAGGCUACUCAGGUGAAUGCCUGGGAUCGGACCUUGAUAGAGAAUGGAGAGAAGAUUACAUCAUUGCAUAGAGAAGUAGAAAAAGUGAAGCUUGAUCAGAAGAGACUGGAUCAGGAACUAGACUUCAUUUUGUCACAACAGAAAGAGCUGGAAGAUUUGUUGACCCCUCUGGAGGAGUCUGUGAAGGAACAGAGUGGGACUAUUUACUUGCAGCACGCGGAUGAAGAGAGGGAGAGAACAUACAAACUGGCUGAAAACAUAGAUGCUCAGUUAAAGCGCAUGGCACAAGACCUCAAGGACAUCAUUGAGCACCUCAAUACCUCAGGAGGCCCAGCAGACACUAGUGACCCACUUCAGCAAAUCUGUAAAAUUCUGAAUGCACAUAUGGAUUCUUUGCAGUGGAUUGACCAGAAUUCAGCCCUGUUGCAGAGAAAGGUAGAAGAGGUGACAAAGGUUUGUGAGAGCCGGCGCAAGGAGCAAGAGCGCAGUUUUAGGAUCACUUUCGAUUGAAAGACUGACGGGUGUUAUAAUAUUAAUCCUCAGUUCUGUUCUCAUAAACUGAGGUUGGUGGGGACCUGGAUUUAAAAUUGAUUUGAAUUUGUGUUUUUCUACUUUAUUAGUUUGGUUUGGAAUAAAAAAUAAAGCUGCUCUGCAGUAUCGCACUGGAAUUUGGUGAGUCCAGKCUAAGACUGCAGAAAGCUUGUGCUGAAAUUAUGUGGUUUUGUUCUUUAAUCUUUGUAAGCGCAUGCAAAGUGAGUAGAUCUGAAAAUGCUGCCUUUGGGCGUUUAAGUCCUAUAUGAUUUCACAGCUGAGCCCUCCACCUCUAUUAUGCUUAAAUGCAACUUAGAUGGUUGCAAUCAGAGCCUCAUAGGCUUUUAUUUGGAUUCGUCUGAGUUGCUUGAGAAGUUCUUCAAGGAGCUGUAGACAAAUUUGCCGUCUGACAAAUGUAGUGCCCUGUGCUACAAGCUGGCCUGUGUUUCAACCGAGUCUGCUUCCAGUGCUGCAACUGGGGCUUUGUUCCUGUGUAUGGGGGU